AUGGGAGCAGGAGGCCGUAUGUCUGUUCCGACUACUAGAGGCGAAGAAAAGAAGAACCUCCUUAAAAGGGUUCCUUGCUCUAACCCUCCAUUCACAGUUGGUGACAUUAAGAAAGCCAUCCCACCCCACUGCUUUAAGAGAUCUCUCUUUCGCUCAGUCUCCUAUGUUGUUUAUGACCUAUUUCUCAUUUCCCUAUUUUAUUACAUUGCAACAUCGUACUUUCAUCUACUUCCAUCCCCCUUCAGCUACCUUACUUGGCCUGUUUACUGGAUCCUUCAAGGCUGCGUUUCCACUGGAGUCUGGGUCAUUGCUCAUGAAUGCGGUCACCAUGCAUUCAGUGAUUACCCGUGGGUCGAUGACACAGUCGGUCUUAUCCUCCACUCUACCCUCCUUGUACCCUAUUUUUCUUGGAAAUAUAGUCACCGACGGCACCAUUCCAACACAGGCUCCCUCGAUCGUGAUGAAGUCUUUGUCCCGAAGCUUAAAUCCGAACUCUCGUGGUUCUCCAAAUACUUGAACAAUCCACCAGGACGAGUCAUGACACUUGUUGUCACCCUUACACUCGGCUGGCCUUUAUACUUGGCCUUAAACGUUUCAGGCCGGCCUUAUGAUCGUUUCGCCUGCCACUAUGAUCCAUACGGCCCAAUUUAUAAUGACCGUGAACGACUUCAAAUCUACAUUUCUGAUGUGGGCGUCAUCGCCACAACAUACAUCCUUUACCGCCUUGCUUUGGACCAAGGACUUGUUUGGCUUACAUGCAUCUACGGAGUACCGUUACUCGUUGUGAAUGGCUUCCUUGUCUUAAUUACAUAUCUGCAGCACACACACCCUUCAUUGCCACGUUAUGAUUCUUCCGAAUGGGAUUGGCUGAGGGGUGCUUUGUCAACUGUUGAUCGAGAUUAUGGCGUGCUGAAUAAGGUUUUCCACAAUAUUACUGAUACUCACGUGGCUCAUCACCUCUUCUCAACAGUGCCACACUAUCAUGCAAUGGAGGUAACUAAAGCAAUUAAGCCACUAUUAGGUGAAUACUAUCAGUUUGAUGGAACUCCGUUUUACAAGGCUAUGUGGAGAGAGGCGAAGGAGUGCCUUUAUGUCGAGCCAGACGAACCAAACAAGGGUGUUUUCUGGUAUAAGAACAAGUUUUGA